UUUAUUGUGAUUUGCAUACCAUGCAGAACAUCUUAAAAAGGACAAUCAUGCUACACGCCUGUAGGGGGAGCCCAAGGGAAAAUUAUGUUCUGAAAUAAAGUGGAACUUUUUUUUUUAGUAGACUAAAUACAAAACGGGGCAAGCAAAUAAAAAUAAAAACCCUGCAAACACAAACUAUAUUAAUAGACUCUGUGGAAGUUUCUGCAAUAGUUUUUCUUUGAAAUAUGAGUAAAUUCGUGUGUGACGUCACGUGUGAGGUUCAGAUUGGCGGAUGGGCUUUGAGUCAGUGCUUUGAGUCUGCACAAAGGGCAAAGUUCGUCCUUGUUCAGCUGCACAGGCCGGAAAUUCAAACCAGCAGAGAAAACGGCACCAGAUCCCUCUGACUCAGGGUCCGAGCGAGGAAAUGACUGAGGAGAAGAAAGCAGUCCUGUUCAACUUCUGGGGUGUUUGUGUCUCUUCCAAAGUUGAUGCAGUUUUCCAGAAAGUGGAGGAGCUGCACAAACUGCCGGAUGGUUUCCUAUCCAGUGUGGCUUUGCAAAAAAGCAGCGCCAUCAUCAGGGCAGAAACAGGACAGCUAACACUUUCUCAGAUGAUCCCAGCGUUUGAGGAGGAGUGUGUGAAGGAGGCGCAGGUCCAGAGCGUGACACUACCGUCUAAUUGGUCAGUUAGAAGCCUACUGGAGGAGUUCAAAGGGACAAUGAUGGCUGUCCAGUCAUCCAUCUUGAAGGUGGCCGCGACUCUGCGUCAAAAUGGGUUAUUGACAGCUGUGCUGGUCAGUCACUGGGUCGAUGAUGAAGCUUCAGGUGAUGAUGCUGCUAAUCUCCUCUUGCUGCUGGGCGCUCAUUUUGACCUGGUCCUCCAAUCAUGCCGCUCGAGUCACAGGGUCCCAGAGGCUGCCAUGUUCAGCUCCGCCCUGCAACACCUGGGUGUGACACCACAACAGGCGCUGUGGCUGGAUGCCGAUGCCGCGGGUGUGAGGGCUGCUGAAGGAAUGGGGAUGAAGGCAAUCCUAGUGGAAAACCUGGACCACGCCCUGGACAACCUGGCAGAGUUUACUGGAGUUAAGGUGGUAACAGCAGGGGGCGCUCCACCAUCCUGCAGCCCUGAUGACGUGUCGCAUGGUUACGUCUCCAUCAGGCCCGGUGUGACGACUCACUACGUCGAAAUGGGUUCAGGCCCGCCCGUUCUGCUGUGUCAUGGUUUCCCUGAGAGCUGGUAUUCCUGGAGGUACCAGAUCCCAGCGCUGGCAGCAGCUGGGUUCAGGUGUGUGUUUGUGUUGUUACCUGGUUUGCAAAUGAAUGUUUCCCUGACAGACAUCGAGGAAUACUGUCAGGAAUGACUCUGCCGGGAUUUAGUCACGUUUUUGGAUAAAAUGUUGAUCCCACAGGUCACCCUGGUGGGUCACGACUGGGGCGGCGUCCUGGUCUGGACCAUGGCUCAGUAUUAUCCAGAGAGAGUCUGAGCCGCGGUGUCUCUGAACACUCCUUUGUUCCCGGUCGAUCCCUCUGUUCCAGUUUUAGACAAGCUGAAGGACAUUCCCAUAUUUGAUUACCAAGUCUACUUCCAAAAACCAGUGUUUGCAGAGGCCAAACUGGAAAAGGAUUUGGAAAGAACAUUUAAGAUUUUCUUUUAAAGCAGCGCUGAGAUGAUAAAUGUUCCUGGUCUGGUAUCGGGUGGGGUCUGUGCACGAGGUGGUCUGUUUGUGGGCCUAUCUGAGCACAUUCCCAAGAGCUCCAUGCUGACGAACGCUGACCUGCAGUACUACGUCAGCCGAUACAAAGAAUGAGGCUUCAGGGGGCCACUGAAUUGGUAUUGAAACAGUGAGAGGAACUGGAAGUGGAUGUGUUCUUGUCCCCUGAGCAAGGUUUGUAACAAUGCACUUAUUGACAACUUAUUGACUUAUUGUCAGUCAUGAAAAUAAUAUGAGCACAUUAAUGGUAGUUAUAUAACAGCUGAGUGAAUCCUUGUCAUUUGAUUGGUGCUUUGUGUGUCAUGUGACAUGGAUUAUUUGUCCCAUUUGUGUUGCAUUGCAUUUAGCGUGCAAAUUUGGUUCCAUACGUUUGGUACCUGCACGCUAUGAACCCUUCCCACUAGCGCAAGUAGCGUUUAGCUAAAUAUGCGGAGUUUGUUUUGCUGACGGAUGA